UAUAUAUGCAUAUAUAUGGGUCAAACAAAUAAACAAACUUUCCUGUUCUCUUCUCUAUCUUUUAGUCAAACUUUCUUCACCUAUCUUUCUAUGUAUAAGAAAAUUCCAUACACAACAUCUAAAUAAUACAAAUUCUUUUCUAUUUAUUUACCAAAACAAUGAUCUCAGUUCUACACGAUCCAAACCUACAAAGUCAUUAUUUGUGGAAUCUUGACAAAAAUGAAACUAAAACAAACCAAAGUGACGUUGUUCUUGUUAACCCUAGUGUCAACAUUGAUUUUCCGACCAUCAGAAGCGCGUCUAGAUCCAAACCUAUUAUGCUCGAAUAAUCAGACAACACCGAUAGCUAAUGAACCAGGAUGUUUUGAUGCGGUGAGAUUAGCGGCGGAUGAGGAUAUCAGAUGGCUAUCAAGAGACUGUUGCGAAGCAGUGAAAAGACUUCCUGAUUGCUUAUUGCUUGUCUUUCCUACCAAAGCUUUAAAUACUAAUAUCUUGAAAAGCAUUUGUAUUAGAAAGUUCCCUGGAUCAAUUUUAUAACUUUGGUGUAUUUUCUAAUGAUAGAAUUGAAAAUGAAUCAAAAGUUACUUCUAAAUACUGGUAAGAAAAUCGUAAACAAUCAUCUAUGAUUUGAUUAAAAAAAAAUCCACGAAAUUUAAAUCUUACGGGUGUCAAUAUCUUUUGACUUGGUAUAAGUAUCAUGUUUCAUAUGUAAAGUUGUAAACUAUGCAAAAAGAUGAAUCAAGGAAAAAGG